CACGGCCAAAGAGCUGAAGCAUGGACAUUGAAGAAGCAGUGAUGGGCACCAGCCCUGACAGUCCUCUGAGCCCGAGGCACCAGACCGGACUGGGUAUGAACUGUCUUCUCAGCCCAAAGUUCAGACACUCUGGACCGGGUCUCACCAGCCCUCAGGAGUACAACCAGUGGCUUCCUUACCGCCAUGAUGCCAGUUUGCUGCCCAUGAAAGAAGACCUGGCCUUCUGGCUCAACACCAUGAUGAGUGUGGAGCUCGCAGCAGACAGUCUGAUGGAGAGCUUAGAUAACGGUGUUCUCCUCUGUCAGAUGGCACAGCUGCUCCAGGAGAAGAUGAUCCACGGCAACAAUGGCAAGCCCUUUGUUAGGAGAGUGAUCAACUGGCGAGCUGAUGCAACCUCAGGAUCAUUUUUCGCCCGGGACAACACAGCCAACUUCCUUUACUGGUGUCGAAAGAUUGGCGUUGAUGAGGCUUACCUGUUUGAGUCAGAGGAUUUGGUCCUCCACAAGCAGCCUCGGGAGGUGUGUCUGUGCCUGAUGGAGCUGGGACGGAUCGCAGCCAGGUACGGAGUGGAGCCUCCGGGUCUGGUGAAGUUGGAGAGGGAGAUAGAGAGGGAGGAGAGGGGCUGCUUAUCUCCCUCAUCCCCUCUGCCCCUCUCCUUUUUUCCUUCUACAUUAUUGUAUUCACCAUCACAGUCAUCCCUGCCCCCGGCCCCCUCUCCUCCUCCUCCUCCUCCUCCUCCACCUCCACCUGCGCCCAUCACUCCAACCACGGCCUGUCUGUCUGAACCGCUCGCUUCUGAUCUUCCAUCAACAAACCCAGGGCCUACGUGUUCAUCCCCGCCUCCGUCCUGCACCUCAGCCUCUAACCCUUGCACAACCACAGCCUCAACACAAACUCCUUUGUUCUCUUCAUCCCGCUCCACUAACGCACCUGCUUCCACGCCGCUGUCAGCGCCCUCGCCAGGACAGACCCUGGUAUCCACAGCCAAAGCUACAGUAAACAACCACACUCCAACAGCGACGCCCCCCAUCAGUUCCCCACCUGCAGCCCAGACUCCUCGAUCCUCUGGCAAAUCCACGUGCAGGAGGAGUGCAGGCACCAACAACAUAUUGGAUGAUAUUGUGAGGAACAUUAUUGAGAAUCCACCCUGCAGCUGUCCGACCAGGUUCCUGGUGGAGAAGCAACCUAAAGGCUGCUACCGCAUUGGAGAUAAAAUUCUGUAUAUACGCAUGCUGAAUGAGCGUCAUGUGAUGGUGCGUGUAGGAGGCGGCUGGGAGACCUUUAUAAGUUACCUGCAGAAACACGACCCCUGCAGAGGAGGACUGGCCGGCAGGUCCGAGGUCAGGGUCUGUCGGUACAAAGCCAAGUCGCCCAGUUUGAACAUCUCACCCGACAGCUACAUGGUGGUUGGCGCCCAUUACCGCAGCAAGAAGUAGACUGUGAACAUGUGGUGAAAACUGGAUCAGGCCAAACUGUGCAAGGUCGAUUAUUAUAAUAUAAAGAUCAGAUCUGACUGAUUAUUUGUAGGAAUUAUCCAUUUACUCAAACUCAUAACAAUUUUACAAUGGAUCUACAAUUAGUCAAUUAGUAGAAAAUCACUAAUCAAUGAAUUAUCUCUCUCUCAGCUUUCUAAAUAUCUGGUUCCAGUUUCUUCACUGUGAACAAUCGCUGCUUUUCUUUCACAUGUAUGAUCACAAACCUAAAAUCUUCGGGUUUUGGAAUAAGUAAUAAAACAAU